GCCUUUUAAUGCAAAAUGUGAGGUUAUACAGACUUGUUUGGCAUAUUAAGGGUUGACUUCACAACAUGUGGUAAAUGCAGUUGCAUGGGAAAUAUUGAAUCUUGAGGAUUGACAUCCAAGUACAUUAAUAGCUUGUUUCACAGACAAGUCUUAAAUCCAGUCCUAAGCUAAAAUGCAUGUUUUCAUGUCUGUGAAACCUGGCUUAACUAGAUUUCUAAGUAAUGUAUUAACUUAAAUGAACCUUAAUGUUUUUAAUAGAUAAUUAGCAGAUACAAGUUAAUGGUCAAUUUAGUUUCUAUAUACAGUAUCUCCUGAAAGUGACCGUAUGUCUUCUCAAGGGACAAUACUGUAGCAUUGAAACUUGGAUAUAUUUGAGUAGUCAAUGUGCUGCUUGUGUAGCAGUAUAUAUUUCAUGGAAUCUGAAAAUAACUCAACAUACAGUCAUUCUUGUCAAAAUAGCUGCCAACAAAAUGAGUUAACCAAAUUAUAAUGGCUGUAUGUGUCAAACUCAGUUCCUGGAGUUUAGUUUCAACCCUGCUUCAACACACUUGCCGUUUUCAAAUAAGCCUGAAGGACUUGAUUAGCUGAUCAGGUAUGUUUAAUUAGGGUUGAAGUUAAACUCUGCGGGGUUGUGGCCCUCCAGGAACUGAGUUUGAUACCCCUCCAUUUAACCUUAGAAAGCCACAUGUCCUAUUCAUUAUACUUUGGUCUGCUUAACAUGACCAUACAAAUUUGUCUAUCUUGUAUUAGAUCAGUUAAAAUUUGUGUUUCGAGUACAAUUCUCUCAUACUGACCAUUGGAUGUUCAACAUGGCACCUCACGACUCGUUUGAGCAUUAGAAUGGUUGCACUCCACAAAAAUGGCCAAGGCUAUAGUAAAAAGAUUGGUAACACCCUGAACUGAGUUACAGUACAGGCCAGGGUCAUUCAGAGGUUUUUCAAGACGGGUUCCACUCAGAACAGGCCUCACAAGGGUCAAUCAAAGUUGAGAAGUUGAUGCUGUGCGUCAAAUGCAGAAGCUGUCUUCAAAAAAAAAAAAAAAAAACAGACAAAAACAUAGAUUACAUCACUCAUACACAAUAUUGACACAUGAGGGGUGUCACUUUUGUAAAAUGCUGUAUUCUCAACAGACUCGCUGGUUGAAAAAAAAUAAGAAUACUUUUUUUUUUUUUACAAACGUCAGAAUUUGUUUUUUCAACAGACUGAUGGAAUAUACGAAUAAUCCUCAAAGUAGCUGUUAAGUUGUAAAUUAUAUAUUAUAUGUUGUAGUAAUUUUGUCAAUCUAGGCAAUUUGUUUUCAAUAAAACUCGCUAAUCCGAGAUUAAACCUUUCUGCCAGUUCCGAAGUUCCAGGGCGACUGUUCAGUGUGCGUUGCGUGGUUGUCAUGGACCCGUUUGUUGUGGAGGCGUGAGAUAGCAAGUUAGCUGCAACGUUACUCAUUUUCGGCUAAACGAAGUUUCUGGAUUUCUGACUUUAGAGCUCUCUUGAAAAAGAGCUACAAACGGCGCUGGAAGCGGACAGGAAAUAUCAGAGGGAAAAUGAUGCCAAAUUUCGUGCUUUGAACCAAAAUGUCGCCAGCUAUGAAGAAUUCAGGGACAUAGUACUCGCAUCUCACUUAAAGCCUCUUGAUAGAAAAGACAUCUCUGGUGCACCCCGAAAACAGCCGUGGAAUCCAAUUGCUUUUGGGUCAAAGCAUGAAAGUGCUUCAACUGAAGAGGUCCAGCCGCAGUUAUCUGAGAUACAGCCAAGAAAUGCUUCAGAAUUUGUCCGUGGCUGGCGCAAGUUUGCAGGGAGCUCAUUUGAAAAGUACAGUCUGCUUGUGAGUCUGGGAGGCAAGACUCUGCAGGAAAUCUUCAGCACCGAGGUUGGCUUUGGUCUUCUAGGCGAGUUCUUUCUGAUUCUGUCACAGUGUCUUAAGUCAGGAGAUGAGGAAAAAGUGAUUGGAGUGCUGGACGGCCUUUCCAGAACUAGUCGUUUUGGUCUGAACCAGACUCUUCUUAGUAAGGCAGAACAAAAAGCCUGUGAGGAGCUUUUCCACAAGCUACAAAUUGCAGGAGGAGAAUAUCAUACUUCUAAAGAUUCUUCUGACACUUCAAUGGUUUGUGAGGCCAGUCUGACACAUGUGGAGGACGAUAAGACUGACAUUACUAUAAAACUUAAAGGAUUAAUGGGGAAAUAUGGUAUCCAAAAUUAGUUUAUAUUGAAAACUCCAUUGUUGUUGGUUUUUGUUUAUUGGUACUUUAUACUAGCGGAAAUAUGUUAAAAGAAGUGUUGGCCAUUUGUUUUUGGGCCAUCUGCCCAUUAUUACUUUCAGCCUAUGAGGCUCCUGAGGAUAAGAAAGACAUUUUUGCCAGCAGGGCCUGUCCUGCAUUUCUUGUCUUUGACACUGUGGCUUUCAUAGCCCAUAUGACCAUUGAACUCGCUUGUCACUGCAAACCAGAGGAGACUCAUUCAGUGGUAUGGUACUAUCAAAAACAAAUAGGCUCCAUGAACACUAAGGUCCUCACAGACUUUGAAGGCACUAUGGUGGUGGAAUCAUCCAAAGUUGGGAGAGGGUCAGAUCUGCACAGUCGCUUUUCCAUCCGUCUGUUUAGCCUUCUGAUCUUCAGGGUCCAGAGAGCUGACUCAGGGCACUAUAUCUGUGGCACGGCCUCUGGUGAAUUCUUCUACGGCUACGAUGUUGAUGUCCAGGAGGUCCAUCAAGUUUUAUUUCCCUUGAAUGUCAAAGAGAGAACUCAAGUACAAGAAGCAAAGCCCGUCAGGAUGAAAACGGAAAUGUUUCAAGUGUUCACCAGCUACUCGUCAUGGUCUAAAUGUGACCGCUGUGACAUCCCGGGGGAGCAGACGCGUGUGGGAUUUUGUUAUGUCAAAAGCAUUUACCUCCAUGUACGUUAUCAGCAUGAAUCGGACGGAGCGGCUUCCUGUGGUUCCUCAGCCGUUCCCAAACAGUUUGGACUUUCAGGCAGUAGCUACGGAGCCAAGCUUGAGGUGAGGAACUGUCACACCAUCUGCCCUCCGAAACCUACAACAUCUCCAGAGAGACGAGCUCUGCUGAAGUUCCUCCAGGAUGAUGGUCAAGCUUCUCCAGGUGUCACCAUCCACUACCACAACCACCCCACAGGCUCUGAUCUGGUCUUAACCUGUCCUGGCGCCAAACCUCAGUACGCUGUGGCCUGGGAUAAAGGCUCAGCACCUCUUUACCGCUCUCAGUAUAUGGAGGGUUUGAAUAAGACUUCUCGCAUCUUCAUUGACACGGGUCACCACCUACACUUCAGGCCUUUGCGGCUGAAAGAUAAAGGCCUCUAUUUCUGCUGGCUACAAGGAGAGCUGGCUGCAGAGAUCAGACUGGGGGUGUAUCUCCGUUUGGGGCGUUUGCGUCAAAUCUCUGACCCGGAGUCUGUCUAUGCACUACAACUCAUACUUGCAUGCUACACUGGCAUCACAGCUAUGUUUCUCAUCACUAUCUUAGUCAGAUUUAUUUGGCAGAUAAGCAAGGAAGACACAUUGGCAGAUAUUAACAGAACUUGAAUUUGUAUGAACUCGAACAUGUAUGUUUACUGAGAAGUACAAUGUGAAAUUGAAUAAAUAUGCUGCUUAAUGAU